UCCAAGGAGCCGAUUGACUUUGGGCCGUAAAAUGAUUACGGGCUAAAAGGUAAAAAACACGUCGCGCGCGAGUGAGAGAGGGCUAGUGCGCGAGCGAGAGAGCAAGGAGCAAGGAGCAACAGCAACAGCAGCGGAAACGGCUAAAGAGGAGCGGAGGAACAGCACGAAACGUUGGAUAAACUGCGCUUAAAAAAUCCCAAAAAAUAAAAGGAAUCGGAGUAAAAACCAAAAUAAGGAAAAUAUUAAAGGAAGCCAGCUCGGGGCAUAAAUAUUCGAAAAAAUAUCCAACAAAAACCGAGUGCGUGUGCGUGUGUGUGUGAGGCUGCCAUAACUCCUGAAAAUUUCUGCAUACAUAUACAAAUACAGCGAAAAAUUCAAGGAAAGGGAAAGUCAAGGAAGGAAAACGCAAGAAAAACUAUAAGAAACUGCUAAAGGAUCAGCAGAACGGCGAAAAUCCAGAAAAAUGGCCUUGAAAAAAACAAAAUGACAGCCAGCAACUGAACAACUUUUUCCGUUUCCUUUUUGGAGCUCUCAGCCAACAAAUUGAUUUGCACACACACACACACACACGCACACACGAAAAUAGCUCCCUGAGCUGAAAAAACACCACCAGCGCAAACCGCCCUCCCCCCCCCUCCACUCUUCUCAACCGGAACAGCUCCUCUCGCUUUCCAUUUUUUCCUUGUUUUUUUCGUGUUUGGAGCAGCCGGCACUGCGUUUAAAAAUAGCCAAGGCUCUGGGGGAAAAAGGGAAAUAUCAACGGCCGAUCCUUCAAAGAUGGUAACGAUGAACUCGGAGGCGGACAAAACACAAGCCACCAAUGCCAGCAGUGCUCCCGCCAAGCAGCCAGCAGCAGCGACGCCGGCCGAGCCAGAGGCGGUGACAAAGGUAUCGGCGACGUUGGCAGCCACCCCCCCAGCAGGUACACCCACGGCGGACUGCAGCAGCAGUAGCUGCAGCGGCAACAGCAGCACCGAUCCACUGGCAGCGAUUCCGCAUCGCAGCGACGCCGCCACCACGACCCUAACCAAUGGCAAUAACAAUGUGGCUUUCGUGGAGAACGAGGCAACGGUGGCGGUCACAAUGGUGGGUGGAGGAUCAAAUCCAGUUGGAGGAGUAACCACAUCGCCCAAGGCGGCGACAGCAGGAGCAUCACCGAAAAUUGCACCUGCAACGGCAGCGACAGCGGUGACAGCGGUGGCCACGACAACACCUGCUGCUCCACCUGCUGCUACUGCUGCUGUUCCGCCACCUGCGAAAACAGUGAAUGCAGAUGCCACCACCUCCACCACCCCCUCCUCAUCGACAGCGGCAGCGUCAGCGUCGGCAGCUUCAACGGGCAGCGGCAAGCAGAGCGGCGCCAGUAGCGGCCUGCUGACGGUCAAUGCCAAUCAUCAUCAUCACCAUCACCACCAGCAGUCGUCGUCGCAGUCGCAGUCGGCGUCGCAGGCGCAGCAGCAGCAGCAGCCGCCACCAUCGUCAUCAACGACGCUGGCAGUGCCGUCGGCGUCGCAGCAGCGAGGCGGCAAAAAUGAAGAUGCACCCAAUAUUCUAGUGUACAAAAAGAUGGAGGCCAUCAUUGAGAAAAUGCAGGCGGAGACGACGGGCGUGGCCGUGCGCACGGUGAAGGCAUUCAUGAGCAAGGUGCCAUCGGUUUUCACCGGAGCGGACUUGGUGGCUUGGAUACUUAAGAACUUUGACGUGGAAGACGUGACGGAGGCCCUGCACUUUGCCCACCUGCUCAGCUCCCACGGUUACAUCUUUCCCAUCGAUGAUCAUGCGCUGACCGUCAAGAAUGACGGCACCUUCUACAGAUUCCAGACGCCCUACUUUUGGCCCUCGAAUUGCUGGGAGCCCGAGAACACGGACUAUGCCGUUUACCUCUGCAAACGCACAAUGCAGAAUAAAACGCGUUUGGAGUUGGCCGAUUACGAGGCCGAAAAUCUGGCCAAGUUGCAGAAGAUGUUCUCCCGUAAAUGGGAGUUUAUUUUCAUGCAGGCUGAAUCGCAGAGCAAGGUGGCCAAAAAACGGGAUAAGCUGGAGCGUAAGGUGCUCGACUCACAGGAGCGGGCCUUCUGGGACGUACACCGACCGAUGCCCGGCUGUGUUAAUACCACCGAGAUUGAUAUUAAAAAGGCCUACCGGCGGGGUGGCUCCAGCCACGGCACCGGUUCCGCCGGCGCCUCUUUGGCCAAGAAUCCCGUGGAGCAACUAACGCGGAUCAUUGCCCUGCGCAAACAGAAGCUGGAGCGGCGCACAAUCAAAGUGUCCAAGGCGGCCGAGGCUCUGGUUGCCUACUACGAUCAGUACAAUGAGUUUGAUUACUUUAUUACCUCGCCGGAGCUGCCGAAUCCUUGGCAAACGGACAGCACCGAAAUGUGGGAUACGGAGAAAAAUAGCAAAGAAGUUCCUGUACGGCGCGUAAAGCGCUGGGCAUUCAGUUUGCGGGAAUUGCUCAACGAUGCCAUUGGACGCGAGCAGUUUACCAAGUUCUUGGAGAAGGAGUACAGUGGCGAGAACCUCAAGUUCUGGGAGUCGGUGCAGGAGAUGAAGGCGCUGCCACAGUCGGAGAUCAAGGAGGCCAUACAGAAGAUUUGGCAGGAGUUCCUUGCUCCCGAUGCCCCCUGUCCGGUGAAUGUAGACUCCAAGUCGGUGGAGCUGGCCCGCGAGGCGGUCAGCUCCCCAAACGGACCCAAUCGCUGGUGCUUCGAUGUGGCGGCCUCGCAUGUCUAUCACCUGAUGAAGAGCGACUCGUACUCGCGUUACCUGCGCUCCGACAUGUACAAGGAUUACCUGAACUGCUCGCGGAAGAAGAUCAAGUCCAUACCGAAUUUGUUCGGGGUGAAACGUUGAGACACGCUCCGGGGACUCCCCGUCAUGGCAGUGGGCUGAGGCAGGGGCCCUUUGGAACAAUCGGAACUAAUUGGAAAUUGAAAAUCGGAUAUAAGAAAUCAGAAAUCGAAAAUCGAACUCGGAAUCGGAAUCGUACUAGAACUAGGACUAGGACUAAGGACUUUGGGUAGGGGACUACUUUACACACUGUGUUUGGAACUACGCACCCGGUAGUGGGUGUGCUGGCUGCUGGGUACUCAGUACUCGGUAACUAACAUCAUUUGUAUGUACUUAAACGUUGUUACUUAUUUAAUUAAUUAGCUGCCACUGUGUCGCGUGUUCUCUCGAUUUUAAAGUGUUUUUUUUUUUGCGAUUUGUAUAAUUAAAAGAUUGUUUGUUGAUUGAUUUUGUUACCUCAACGUGCCCACCGGGCUGCAUUCCGGAGCCCGUGUCUCCCCGCAGACUUUCAGAUCCAUUCCAGAUCCCAAAUCCCAGGCCCUAGUCCUGUCCCUCAUCCCUCCCAAACCACUCUCUAGCUGUCUCCCUCCUAAUCAGACGAAAAGCAAACGCCACUUAAGAUGAAAAUAAGAAACUGCCAAAGGGUCGAAUAAGAAGACAAAAACCAAAUAUGAAAAGUUGUAUCGGUAUCCUUAGAGAUUUUAAAAUACAAAUUUAUAAAUUAUUCAUGGAUGGACAUAGUUUGAGGUAGAUUCUGUGUGGUUAGGUUUAGCGUUUGUCUUAAGAAACGAGUAGAAAUUACAACCAACACAAUAAUGAUUUCGAAUUCACAAACUCUUCGUUUCUUUUUUAUUGCAUACUUUGCAGCUGCACAAUUAAUGUUUUGACAUCUCUAAGGAUUCCGGCCCAACUAUCUGAAUAUAAAUUAAUCGAAAACGAAAGCACAAGCAGAGUUUAAGACGAAAGACGAAACACCAACAACCGCCGAGACCUUAUUCUCGUAUUCAUACUAAUUAUACAAGCAAAUACGAAUUAUUAUUGUAACCGAAGAAGCAAAACCAUUGUAACCGAAAACACCAACAAAAGUACGAUCAAAUAUGAUGCAAAAGCCAAAUCUUUAAGGUUAACUAAACCAAAAAAAAAAACCGAAAACCCCACUAAUACAUAGUAUUUCAGCAGAGAAUCCAAAUCUUAAGACCUAUGUAUGUGUAUUAAUAAGUAAUUUAGCCUUAACAAAUAGGGUUCCCACACGGAAAACAUACUACAAUUUUAAAAGCUAGUUGAAUUAUGAAUUGAAAGAGUAAUGAAAUCGAAACCGAAACCGGAACCAAAAUCGAAAUUUAAAACGCAAAAACAGAGUCAUGUCGGAAACCUUUUGUCGGCAAAUCCAUCAUCGGCGCAGCUUUUCAGCCAGAAAAAUACUUUUGACCAAGUUCCUUUAUCGUACUUCUACUCGUUCCUUCUCUUUCACACACAUACCCAAGGACAAGGACACACACCACACACAGGAACACCACCACACUCACAUAUCGUUGAAAUUGGAGAAAACUAACAAUUCAAUUGGGCCCAGUGUAUGUGCGGGAAAGAGAUGCUUUUGUUUCUAGUAAAUGUUUAGCAUAAAUUAUGUUUAGAAGAACGUACAGAGAGAGAGAGAGAGAGAGAGAGAGGAAAGAGAGGGAAUAGAAUGCAGUGAGAGAGCGGAAAGAGAGCCAAGUUCGGAGGGAGGCAGGAUAUGCGAGACUUAGGAUAGAUAGGGUCAAUGGUGUGAUAGCUUAUAGGAGGUUAGAAAAACGAGAGCUUUACAAACAAAUAACUGGGUUAGGCGGUGCGACGAGUCCACAACUAUAUAGGGUAACUGCCGGACUUGGUUCUCUACCAAAAUCGAGAUGAUUAUAUAAAGAAAAUUGGAAUGGAGGAGGCUUACCCCCUCGGGAAUACCUAAUACCCAGGCAGCUGCGGUCAAUGUAAUCGUUGAAGUAUGUAUUUCCUAGACGCAAUUAAGCAAUCAUCCUUUGAACUAAACUAAAACUUGGAUCGAGAUUUCAUUUGGAACUACAAGCGAAAAUUCUACAUACAUAUAUAUAUCUAUAUAUAUAUUAAAAGCAAUCAUCUGUAGGUUCGUAAUCUUAAAACUUACUAUAAAGGAAGUAUAUAGUAUAUAGAAAAAGAACACUAACUCGUUAAGUUCCAAAUCGGACAGCCUUUACUGUUUAUUUUCUGAAUACUAACUGUAAAUAGACAGCUCUUCAAGAGAAUACUUAUUAUAAAACAAAAAACAAUCCAAUACCACAGUUAUUUUGACCGCAGCUGUUUGAAUAAAAUAGAUAAACAGCAGCUACAUAUUAUAUAUAAUAUAUAUAUAUAUUAGAAUUAGAGUAAGCCAAAGGAAAGGUAAACUAACUAAAUUUAGAAAUAAAAACAUAAACACACACACCACACAAACACACAUGUAAUUUGCACACACGCAUACUCUCCUGCACUCAUGCUGCCUACUUUUGGGCAAAGAAAAAAAAUAAUCAAAGAGAGAUCGAGCAGAGUAUCCCCUAAAGACGAUUAACUAAGCAUUAAAGGUGUAUUAAAGUACUUAAUUAGGAUCGCAGUGCAUCGGCCUCCUUGUGUGUGUCUAUCUAAUUGUAACUGUAAUUGUAACUGUACGUUUAUAUAUACAUAUAUCCAGAUAUAUGUAUAUAUGUAAAUGGUGUCUACAAAUUAACGAAAAAAUAAUAACUAUAAAUAUACAAUGUAUGUAUGUAUGAAGUAUACAAGAAUACAGUAAAGAGUAAAACGUAAAAAAGAUAAAACUAUAAAGUACGAUAUACACCAUAUAUCUCGAUGUGCGUCUGUGUGUUGGUAGUGAAAAAAAAAAAUUUAAAUCAAUUUCAAAACAAAUAGCCAAAGCUAAUAACUAAGUUAAGCUAAAGGAAAACCAGAAGAAGAAACCAACGUCAGUGUCUGUAAUACUUUCCUUUCGGCUUUCCACUGUUAUCGUUUGCCAGAUUAUAGGGUAUAUACAUAUACAUACAUAUAUAGGGACUGUUGGCCAUCUGUUUUCCUACUCCCCACCAAAAGGAAAUUUCCAUUAAAUGUAGCAGAAACUAUAAAAACUCAAAAUCAACUCGAUGGAAAACUAAAAGAAAACCAAAAGAAAUCCCCCUUUAUCUGUUGGUGAAAAGUAAUUAAUUCAAAUAAUCAAACAAAUAUUCGAUAUACAUAUGUACGUGUCUGUUUGUAAACAAAUCACACAUACACACACACACUAGGUUAAAACAGCAGCAAAAGUAACAGCAAAAACAAUAACUAAUAAAUAAAUUACAAAACAAAACACAACAACAAUCGCCAGCAAGGAAAACUAUUAAGAAAAAGUGGCCGCGUUUAUUGUAAAUUGUUCAGCAAGAAAAACAAAACAUAAAAAAAGAACAAAAACAUUCAAACAAAACUCGAGCAAAUAAAUAAAAGCGCAAUUUAAGCAACAAAAACUUAAAAAAAAAAGAAGCGAACAAACAAACUUUAAAACGAAACAAUUAAA